AUGGUGAAGCUUUUCUGUUGUAUCGUUGGUGUCGCGGGAAGCGCGUUCUCCGUGGAAGUAAACGAAGGCAAAACCGUAGAUGACUUGAAGGAAGCAAUCAAGGCGAAGAAGACCAACGACUUCAAAGAGGUUGAUGCAGACAAGCUACAGCUCUUCCUGGCGAAGAAGGGUGACGCGUGGCUGCGGGACAACGAAGACCUGGACACGUUGCUUCAGAGCGAAAUCGCCUUUUCAUCGUAUUUGCACAUGCGUGCGUCGUGGAAGCUAAGCAAGCCGACCCUUUUCGGGCCUGACGUUUCGUUAGGAGAGGGCGUAGUUCACGUGCUGGUGGUGGUUCCGGUGGGUGCUGGAGUUGGCGUAGGACAAGACGUCAGCAUGGAUGUUCCGGCUGCUGUACCGAUGGGUCCCAACGUGAAUCUGUCUUCGUGUGAAGAUCUCCUCGCCUUUUUGGAAAACGACAUGAUUAACAAGGAAGCCAUCGUGUCACGUCCUCAUAUUUUAGGAGCCGACAAGCUACAGUUUCGCUUGGUUGGAAGGGAAAAGGCGCUUAUGAAGACAGCGAAGUGCUUCCUCAAUAUCAUCGCGCGUAGUGGCACUGCAAGCACAGAUCGCACGGAGCAGGUUGUGCCUGUUUGCUCUGGCAUUUCUGGUUUGGGAAAAACGCGUAUGCUCGAAGAAGGUGGCACAAUUUUGCACGCGAUGGGGCUGGAUCCUGAUCACGUUGUCCGUGUGAUUGUUCCAUACUACAACGGCUUUAGUCCCCAACCGGUCGAGGAAACGAUGCCGAUCGCGGCAUCAUUUUCGUGGCGGCUCUUGUAUCGAUUUUUCCUCGACAAUAAUUGUGCGCUUGCAUUUGAAGAGUGGUUUAACUCGCGACUACCUCGAAAUGGAGGUCGGUUGACAUUGAGUAAUGCCAUCAAAGUCAUCGAUCGCAAGCUGCGUCGGCCAGUGCAUGGCAAAGAGAAGCUGUACCUCUUUGUUGGCGUCGAUGAAUAUCAGAAGAUUGAAAAAGUAAAUGCUCCUCGAAGUGACCCCGACUCGUCACUCCUCCGUGAACUAGUGCAAGCCAUAGUUCUAUACUUGUGCACGAAGUCGUCGAAUCUGGUUGUGCUACCGAUGUUUGCAGGGACAGAUUUGGAUGUGAUUGCAUCGGGUUCAAUUGCGAAUUCCUCGUUUUAUGUGACGGAGCGGCUUCCCAUGACUCUCUUGACCUUGGAUCAAGUUUUCACCUUUGUGGAGAAUGGUACAGAUUUUGCUGGGCUCCUGCGACAGUCUCAUAUUCGUCGCUAUUUGUUUAUGCUUGGAGGUGUGCCACGAUGGGUUGUCGAAUACCUGUUGAAACUGAGGAGCUGCUCGCAAGGAGAUGUCGUGUCAUUAGAAAAUAUCAACAAAUGUUUUUUUAAAGUCUGGACAAGUUUCGUGUAUCCCUACUUGAGCUCACCCUUAGUAGAUCUUUCAACGCUCGUUCGCUUGGCGGCCUUUGCUGUAUCGGGCCUUACGGUUAACCCAAUCAACACGAUUGAUGGCCGCUUGAAAUGGUCAAGACUUCGAGAUUCUUCGCUAUGUUUGCUCAGUCCGCGCGAAUCCACAACGUGUGAUGUUCGAGUUCCGUAUACGUUGUUGAUUAAUAUUGGAUCCACAAAGACACUGGCAACCAGAGCAGAACGGGACUUUGCGACGGCGUUGAACGACAUGAGUGAAAUGGUGGACUCAACAAUGUUCGCCCUUCAACCGUGGCAGUCGUGGGAGAUAUUCGGUGCCUGUUUUUAUGCAGUGAGAAUCAAUGCGUUGCUGGUGCUUGGACACUCGACCGCGACGCUGGGAGAUCUUCUACCUGGCGCACGGAUGUCCGAUGAAACACGUCGCAUUUCUGUGAAACUUGUUCCGUCAAGAGUGGUUCAGUGUGCGGAAGCCUUUGGUUCCUUAACCCCUCAACUCAUUUCAAACAAAUUCAAUCAACAAGAAAAGUAUAAUUGGACGUCGAGUGGUUGCAUUGCAGUGAACGGCGAUGGCGAAGCGGGCGUCGACAUUUUUUUUGCGCUGAAUGAUGCUGUGACUGACAACGUGGUGGUCUUUGUAGACCAGAGAAAGCGACAGUUCGGUAAAUUUCAGCCAUGUCACGCAAAGGAAUAUCUUGGCAAGCUGAGUGUUUGUCCAAAGUUUCUUGUGGCACGUGGUGCGCGUGUGGUGAGAGGGGUUUUGAAUUGCGAUUCCUUGUCGAAUCUUGCGACGUAUGAUGUGCCGCAUGACUGUUUCCUCUUGAGCCCAGACGAGAGUGAGCGGUUUUAUGGAACACUGGCGUAUCAUCCAGCGUGUACGCCGUUCAUCUCGGUCAACUCAGCGUGCAAAACAGCUCUCAAAUCAUUACUCCGAGGCACUUUGAAAGCUGUUGAUGAAGCUGCCGAAGCCAUCUUGACGAAGAGAAAUGAACCCAGUGGAGGUUUCAGUAAUUCCGAGGAUGUGCGUUCUUUUAUCAGAUUUAAGCGGUUGAAAGUCGACUUUGAUGACGAGUAUGCGGAGUUUUCAUCGUUAGUGACAAGAAAGCGAGGUGGUGACAGACUAAAGUCAUGCUCCAUCUGA